AUGGCUGAAGCCCUAGGCAUUGCCUCGGCGCUAAUUGCCAUAGUCACGGCGACGAUACAGACAAGCCAAACUCUGUUUGACACAAUUCAAAGCUUUCGUAGUCACCAGCGAUCGGUUCAGCAACUCUUGGAUGAACUUUCGGCCCUGAAGGAGGUCCUCCAGUCCCUGGACGCUCACAUCCAGAUCGAGGAUGACGUGAAUCUAGCGUCACUCAAGACACCUCUCCUUCAAUGUCGUCGAGCUUGUGCUGAUUUCGAUACGCUGAUGACUGAGUGCACCAAGUAUUCUGGGCGGCCGAGAACUAGCUUCCGAGGCUGGGUAAAAGUGAGGUAUAUGCAGAGCGAUAUACACGGCUUCACCAGUAUGCUAGCGGGCUAUAAAUCAACGAUAGCCAUCGCUCUAGGUGAUGCGAAUCUUCGCUCUGCUACGGUCACCGUUAAGCUGCUUGGGGAAUAUAAGGACAUGAUUCACAGCACGACACAAGACCUGGAGGAUCACCUCGAAGAUAUCAACGAGAAGUUGAGCCGUCUUGCUUCAAACAAUACACCUUCAUCCCCGGCAGUUACCACCGACAUAGAUCGGAUCCAGAAUGAGAGGGACAGCACGGAGGUUUGCCUCCAGAUCUGUGCCAAAGUUCAAGCUCACAUCGACACCAUGCGCCUUCAACCGAUUCCAGGCAGUCCGCCAUCUCAAGGGAUGUCCUGCCGGGACCUGGGGCAUGCGACUGUCAUGACUCUAUCGACUUUGGACCACUGCAAGCAGAUGAUAGCUGACAACGUGUCGGAGCUGCACCGGCACCAAGAUGAGAACAAGAGACGAUUGGCACGAGGAACCAACGAGAUUUCUCUACCCACAGAAACCGACUUUCAGAGCUUGAAGAAGGAGCUCGACAGUACUAAAGAAUGUUUGGCCAUAUGCAAUGCCGCAUCACAAAGAGCAGUCAAGGGGGUCCAUGUACUAGAGGACAUGAGCACAGGCCAUGAUGGUCAGCAGUUGUUUGUCUCUACUCUGGGAGAUCUCUUCAACGUGAAAGGAGCGAGCACAGGCGACAGAGGUAUACAAUUUGUUGGGUCGGUAUCAGAAGAGGCACUGCGGAUUUUCUUCCAGAGCCAAACGAAAAAAUAGAGUUAUCAAGGUUCAUUAAACACGCCAAAUCCCUUCUAUGAUGUCGCCGUAGAUGGGCCAGAGUCUUGUGUAAAGGAGGCCGUCGUCCGUCCUGUCCCUCGAAAAGUCGUUGCAGGAGGGGUACUACGUGGCCGGUCCGUAUGUGUUCGAUGCGAAACUACCAUUUUUCCAAGUUCCUGGACAGACCCCUCGCUCCAAGCCCCCACGCAUUGGAACGAGCUGUCGCCGCUCUCAACGUUCUUGGCAUCAUACAAGUGAUUUUUCGUAGACACCAGGAGCUGUAUACCAUUUGCCCCGACCUUCAAGUGCUCGAGCUUAUGUGUUGGGAGAGUGUUGUUGUCGCGCAUGGUUUCGCGAGAGUGAUCGUCAUCGUUUGCCAUGUCGACGGCAAGGUCCUCGCUGGUGGAAGGAGCAACGGUUUCGUUCAUUGGUGUGUCGAAAUGCUGAUCGGAGAGUAUAGAUGACAGAAUUGCUCGAUUGCUAUAUGUCCUCUAUCUCCUGCGAAUAGUCCUGGGACAAGAAUGAUUCAAAUUCAAAUGGGCUGUUGCCCGGUGG